AUGGCUACGGACACUACAAGGAGCAGAACGCAGUUGACUCUGGUAGAGCAGAUCCUGGCAGAGUUCCAGCUGCAGGAGGAAGACCUGAAGAAGGUGAUGAGGCGGAUGCAGAAAGAGAUGGACCGUGGCCUGAGACUGGAGACCCACGAGGAGGCCAGUGUAAAGAUGUUGCCUACCUACGUGCGUUCCACCCCAGAAGGCUCAGAAGUUGGAGACUUUCUCUCCUUAGACCUGGGAGGAACCAACUUCAGGGUGAUGCUGGUGAAGGUGGGAGAAGGGGAUGCAGGGCAGUGGAGUGUGAAGACCAAACACCAGAUGUACUCCAUCCCCGAGGACGCCAUGACGGGCACCGCAGAGAUGCUCUUUGACUACAUCUCCGAGUGCAUCUCUGACUUCCUGGACAAACACCAGAUGAAGCACAAGAAACUGCCCCUGGGCUUCACCUUCUCCUUCCCUGUAAGGCACGAAGACAUAGACAAGGGCAUCCUGCUCAACUGGACCAAGGGCUUCAAGGCCUCCGGAGCUGAAGGGAACAACAUCGUAGGACUUCUCCGAGAUGCUAUCAAGAGGAGAGGGGACUUUGAGAUGGAUGUGGUGGCAAUGGUGAAUGACACAGUAGCCACGAUGAUUUCUUGCUACUAUGAAGACCACCGGUGUGAGGUUGGCAUGAUUGUGGGCACUGGCUGCAACGCCUGCUAUAUGGAGGAGAUGCAGAAUGUGGAGCUGGUGGAAGGGGAUGAGGGGCGCAUGUGUGUCAACACGGAGUGGGGUGCCUUCGGGGACUCAGGCGAGCUGGAUGAGUUCCUGCUGGAGUAUGACCGAAUGGUGGACGAAAGCUCAGCGAACCCCGGUCAGCAACUGUACGAAAAGCUCAUUGGUGGAAAGUACAUGGGCGAGCUGGUUCGACUUGUACUGCUCAAGCUAGUGGACGAGAAUCUUCUCUUCCGUGGGGAAGCCUCUGAGCAGCUGCGCACACGUGGUGCCUUCGAGACCCGUUUUGUGUCGCAGGUGGAGAGCGACUCGGGCGACCGCAAGCAGAUCCACAACAUCCUGAGCACUCUGGGGCUUCGGCCCUCGGUCACCGACUGCGACAUUGUGCGCCGAGCCUGUGAGAGCGUGUCCACGCGUGCCGCUCACAUGUGCUCAGCGGGACUAGCGGGAGUCAUAAAUCGCAUGCGCGAAAGCCGCAGUGAAGACGUGAUGCGCAUCACGGUGGGCGUGGAUGGCUCUGUGUACAAGUUGCACCCUAGCUUCAAGGAGCGGUUCCACGCCAGUGUGCGCAGGCUGACACCCAACUGCGAAAUCACCUUCAUCGAAUCAGAGGAGGGCAGCGGCAGGGGAGCAGCCCUGGUCUCUGCGGUGGCCUGCAAGAAGGCCUGCAUGCUGGGCCAGUGA